UCUACGGCGAAAUGGGCACGAGACAUAGUAGUCUGUCGAACUCGUCUCCUCGUGAGGAAAGCAGCUUUCUUCCUGAUAGAACAAGACAAGUUCAAUCAAGAUAUGCAAGAAUUCCAGACAACUAUAGAUCACUCGAACAGGUGACACAAGCUCUGCACGAAUCGGGCCUCGAAUCGUCGAAUCUCAUCGUCGGGAUAGACUUCACGAAGAGCAACGAGUGGACGGGGCAGCAUUCCUUCGGGGGUCGAUGCCUACAUCACUUGGGCGAAGGGUUGAAUCUAUACGAACACGCUAUCUCGAUCAUUGGAAGCACACUCUCGGCGUUUGACGAGGACAAUUUCAUCCCCUGUUUCGGGUUUGGUGACGUUACAACUCACGACCAAGACGUAUUCAGCUUCUAUCCCGACAACAGGCCUUGCAACGGCUUCGAAGAAGCCCUGUCUCGGUACCGAGACAUCCUCCAAUAUGUCCAAUUAGCAGGCCCGACGUCAUAUGCCCCGAUUAUCGAAGCUGCGAUCGGGAUAGUCGAACAGAGCGGCGGCCAAUAUCAUGUCCUGCUGAUUGUAGCCGAUGGCCAGGUGACGCGAAGCGUCGACACGGGACCAGGGAAGUUUAGUCCUCAAGAACAGAACACAUUGAAUGCAAUCAUCAAAGCAAGUGAAUACCCAUUGUCGAUCAUCGUGGUCGGAGUCGGAGACGGGCCAUGGGACAUGAUGCACGAGUUCGACGACAACGUCCCGGCCAGAGCAUUCGACAACAUCCAGUUUGUAAACUUCACAGAAAUCAUGUCGAGAAACGUCCCGCUGUCCGUGAAGGAAGCCGAGUUCGCGCUGGCUGCGUUAAUGGAGAUCCCGUUUCAAUACCGAGCAACUCUCGAGCUCCAGCUCUUGGGCAAACGGAGAGGGCAUUGUGCAAGAGUUCCGUUGCCGCCUCCGACGCAUAUCCUGCGGUCGAACUCAUACUCGUAUAUAUCCAGAUCGCCGUCGAGCAGCUUCAGCCGUAACUUCCCCAGCUCCUAUCCGCCUUCUCCAAACAACACCGAGAGUUCUUCGAGCAAUUGGAGAUGCCCUGUUUGUACCUGGAACAAACGAGACCUUGUGUUCGGAUGCGGACAUCAGGUGUGCCGUGACUGCGGAGGCGAGCUCACCUGGUGCCCUAUUUGCCACUCAGAGAUAACCACAAGGAUAAGGGUACAAGAACAUUAGCAAGACAGAGAUUUCAUAACCAACAUGUCAAGAUUACUCUUUCGAUUAUUCGAUAACUUCA